AAUGUACACCUCAUUACACGCCUGGCUCCUUCGUUUCUACGGCGUCGGCGUCCUCACGCUCACGAACCUCUUCAUCUGGCAUUGCCCAACGAAAUCUGUGCUCCUCCCCUUCUUCCAGAACCACAUCGGCGAGAAUGCCCACCUUGACGUGAGAGUCGGAACGGGCUACUCUCCCGUGCACUCUGUGCCUCAGCUCGCAAAGACCAAGAACAUCGCCUUACUUGACCUGAACCGAAUACGCUGGAGCUUGCCGAGUCUCGCCUGCAUGCGGCGGGGUGAAAGGGGUCGAUCGAUAAGGUGCAGCAGAGCGUGUUCGACCCUCUCCCCGAGUCCUUGCACUCCAAGUUCGACUCCAUCUUGAUGUUCUAUGUGCUACCUUGCCUCCCGGGUGCCUUCCCGGUGAAGGCGAGCCAAGUAUUUGCCCAGCUGUCGAGGAGACUGGCACCGGUGGCGUGCUGUAUGGCUCCACGGUGUUAGGACGGAACGCGGACCACAACAUACGGGGCAGGAUCCUUGUGCGGCUGUACAACGACCUUGUUUGAAAAUGUAGAUGAUAGCUUCGAGGAUCUGAAGAAAGCACUGAGAGGCCAGUUUGAGGAGGUGUAGGUGGAGCAGGUCGGGGUUGGCGCGCUCUUUGUAGCGCGGAAACCUAUCCGACCGUGAACGUGUGCUAUGAGGGGCUGAGAUCCAGGUAAGUCAGCCGAUUCUUCUGCGUGUGCACGAG